UGAAAAACGCUUCCCCAGCCUGAAAAAUAUCAUUUUGUAGGGCGCAAAGUCUCGAGUGUACAGUACUGUAAUUCCAUCAAAGGAGGACCCAACUAACUCUUUGCCAUGGCACCAUGUUGUCACGGCUCGCCGGAGAUCGUCGCGGCUCGCUGUUUCGUCAAACCUUAUUGCACGUGUGAUUGGGAGAGCUGGUGGAAAUAUCAAUGCUAUUAGGGAAGCUACAGGAGCUUACAUAGAAGUGGAAAAGCAGAAUGGCAAGAAAGAGCAACAUGACCGUCAAAUUACUAUAAAGGGCUCAGAACAUGCUAUAAGGCAAGCGGUUGAAAUGAUUAACGGGCUAAUUUUGGAUAGCGAGGCAACAGUCAAUGAGAUAAUUAAGCGAGUUACUGUUGCUGGAGGAGUAGUGCCUGCAUUAUCCUCUCAUACAGAUGAUGCAUCGCAUCCUCGUCACUCUGGAACAAAUAUAGCUUCUGUUUCAAAGUCUUCAAGAAAAUCAAGCUGUGGAGUAAUUUCUUCCUCCCACUCUAUAUCUGAGGUGCCAGUUAGAAGUGCUAUUAUACCACAAGCCACUCAGAAUGUUUGGGUUCAAAGGGCUGCUCAACGUCAGAAAGGUAAUCUAGCAUUUUCUUAAUU